UGUCCCUGCAUACACACACACUCAUCAUUAUCAUCACCACCGCAAUGUCCACCGCCAGCGCUGAGACGACCGCACAGCUGCCCCCGGCUGCAGGCAGGGUGUUCUUUCAAGCCGGCGGGGGUUGCGCCGGUUCCAGCCCGCUGCAGCGAGAUGACCCGGUGCAGAAGAAGCAGGGCAAAGUGACGGUGAAGUACGACCGCAAGGAGCUGCGGAAGAGACUCAUUCUGGAGGAAUGGAUCAUUGAACAGCUGAGCGAACUGUACGACUGUGAGGAGGAGGAAAUGCCAGAGGUGGAGAUCGACAUUGAUGAUCUGCUGGAAGUGAACAGUGAAGACGAGAGAACCAUAAAACUACAGGAAUCACUGUCAGACUGCUUCAAACCCACUGAUGAAUUUGUGCGCGAGCUGCUCGGUAGGAUAAGGGGAAUGAGAAAACUCAGCGCUCCACAGAAGAAAAGCUUUUAAGUGCUUGAAAAUGCAAACGACAAUCCAGCUACCUUGACUGCAGGUCCCACAAUCGAUCAAUCAGCAUAGAGUCACAACACAGCAUACAACACGCAAGGACUCCAGAUCCCAGGAUUCAUUUCUCACCAGGAAUCAAUAUACCAGAGUUCAUUUUGCAAGGACACAUAUCCCACAAUACAACGUACAAACAGUAUUGUUCAGUACACAUUACAAGCCAUGUCUUCAUUUCCCAAUGCCCCAAGAGUCCCAGAGUUCAUCCAGGACACCAUCUAAAACUCGCACAGAGACUCGUAAACAAUUUCAACAGCCACUUGGGUUAGUCUGUUGUUCCUAACCUCAACUUCUCAAUUAGUCUUAUAGGCUCACCACAUAAUCACAUUGUUUGGUGCAGUAUUACAGCUAUUUGUAUGCGACUACGACUGACUCCAAAGCUAUUUUAUGUUAUUAUUAUUUAUAUUUUAAUUUUUUUUAUUUUAGUCACAAUUUUUUUAGUAUUUUUUACAAUUGUUUUAAUAGCCACUGGCCUUUGCCACCAAUCUCAGAACAACUUAUGUCCAUGUAGUGUCCUGUUGUCAUUUUUUCUGAAUAUCUGAUCCUAGAACAGCAAUGAAUGGCCUACAUUCACCAAUAAAUGUCAAACCUUACUUUGGCUAUGUUCCGAAUAGCAUGCUAACAUACUAAUCGUACUAUUUUUGCAGUAUGUAGUGUGCACAUUUUCUGCCAAAAUGUGCAGUAUACAACAGAGCAAACUUAGUGGAAUAUGCUUGACUUGACCUUCCAUUUCCAGUGAGACAACGUAAUAUCAACCACGAUUUGACUUUACUUAAAAAGUUUUAGAAAAUAUUGCAAUAAUAAUGCAAAAUAAUCGUAUUCCAAAUUUCCAAAAUUAUAACUAGACAACGUUCACAUGCAAUGUAAUGAGGUCAUGUGACAACAAUGUGUCAUACUAAUGUUUGCAUAGUAGCAUACUGUUUGACUUACAAUUUUCAAAAUACAUUAGGAAACAUAGAGUGUAUAAUAUGGAAGCUGGAUCCCACCAUGGAAGAAAAAAAAUAAGAGGUAAUUCUGAAUUUAUAUGUCACAGUUGCAACUUUAUAAUUUGCAAUAGUGGGAUCUAAAGUCGCAAUUGCGAGAUAUAAACUUACAAUCGUGAAAUAUAAUGUAAGAAUUACCUCUUAUUUUUUAUUCAGUAGCAGGAUCCAGCUUCCACAGUACACACCAUAUAUUUCCUAAAUUAUUUUAUUGUGAUUUCUCAUAAUUAUGAGAAAUAAAGUAUGAAUUGCGAGAUCUAAAGUCACAAUUACAAAAUCUAAGUGCGCAAUUGAGAUAUAAAGUUGCAAUUGCAAGAAAUAAGGUUGCAACUGCAAGAUCUAAAGGCAAAACUAAGAAGUUGCAAAUGCGAUAUCUAAAGUUGCAAUUGCGAGAUCUAAAGUUGCAAUUGCGAGAUCUAAAUUCGAAAUUGAAAUAAAGUAGCAAUUGAGAGAUAUGAUCGAAAUUGCAAGUCGCAACUGCGAGAUCUAAAGUUGCAGCUGCGAGAUCAAAGCCGCAACUGCGAGAUCUAAAGCCGCAACUAAGAAGUUGCAAAUGCGAUAUCUAAAGUUGCAAUUGCGAGAUCUAAAUGCGAAAUUGAAAUAAAGUCACAAUUGCGAGAUAUGGUCGCAAUUACAAGUCGCAACUGCGAGAUCUAAAGUUGCAGCUGCGAGAUCUAAAGCCGCAACUGCGAGAUCUAAAGGCGAAACUAAGAAGUUGCAAAUGUGAUAUCUAAAGUUGCAAUUGUGAGAUCUAAAGUUGCAAUUGCGAGAUCUAAAUGCAAAAUUGAAAUAAAGUCGCAAUUGCAAGAUCUAAAUGCGAAAUUGAAAUAAAGUCACAAUUGCAAGAUAUGGUCGCAAUUACAAGUCGCAACUGCGAGAUCUAAAGUUGCAGCUGCGAGAUCUAAAGCCGCAACUGCGAGAUCUAAAGGCGAAACUAAGAAGUUGCAAAUGUGAUAUCUAAAGUUGCAAUUGUGAGAUCUAAAGUUGCAAUUGCGAGAUCUAAAUGCAAAAUUGAAAUAAAGUCGCAAUUGCAAGAUCUAAAUGCGAAAUUGAAAUAAAGUCGUAAUCGCGAGAUAUGGUCGCAAUUGCAAGUCGCAACUGCGAGAUCUACAGCCGCAACUGCAAGAUCUAAAGGCGAAACUAAGAAGUUGCAAAUGCGAUAUCUAAAGUCGCAAUUGCAAGAUCUAAAUGCAAAAUUGAAAUAAAGUCGCAAUUGCAAGAUCUAAAUGUGAAAUUGAAAUAAAGUCGCAAUUGCGAGAUAUGGUCACAAUUGCAAGUCGCAACUGCGAGAUCUAAAGUUGCAGCUGCGAGAUCUAAAGCCGCAACUGCGAGAUCUAAAGCCGCAACUGCGAGAUCUAAAGGCGAAACUAAGAAGUUGCAAAUGCAAUAUCUAAAGUUGCAAUUGCGAGAUAUAAAGUUGCAAUUGCGAGAUCUAAAGUUGCAAUUGCAAGAUCUAAAUGCGAAAUUGAAAUAAAGUCGCAAUUGCAAGAUCUAAAUGCGAAAUUGAAAUAAAGUCGCAAUUGCGAGAUAUGGUCGCAAUUGCAAGUCGCAACUGCGAGAUCUAAAGUCGAAACUAAGAAGUUGCAAAUGCGAUAUCUAAAGUUGCAAUUGCGAGAUCUAAAGUCGCAAUUGCGAGAAAUAAAGUCAGAAUUACUUUUUUAUUUCUUUAUUCAAUGGCAGGAUUAAAGCAACACAGUAUACUGCUCAGUAUUCAGUAAGUAGAAAGUUAGUAUUCCUUUUCAAACACAGAUGUUGAUUUUAUUGCAUGUCAUUCUUCCUUAUCCCAUUCACAACUUGAGCAAAGCAUGAUGGGAUGUGUAGUCUUUCAGGGCCAGGAACACAUAAAUGGCACACGGUCUUUGUUUAAUAUUAACUUUAAGUCAUUUAAUUGCCUAGAGUACAUAUCAGUCUAUCAUGUAUCCAUCAUAUUUGUGGCUUGAUAACAUAAUUCAGUAACUGUACUUUGAUCUUGGAUUGUGGUAUACCUAAAGUUUAAAGGAUUUGGGUGGGAUGUGCUGCCCUAAAGUAAGAAGAAAAAAAAUCCGGUUUUAAUGAUUCUAGAUGACAACAAGGGCUGCAUGACUAUUUAUAGAUCUCUAAUGAAAAGAUGUACUGUGAUGAUUGUUAGCGCUAAUGAGAGUUUAAUGAUCGCUGGAUGAGGUAUCUAGAUUUAUGACUCAAGCCAUAAAUGAAAUCGCUCAAAUCAUUCGAAUCUAGGCUUUUAACUACUUUAUAAACAUUAUAAACUUCACAUCAUUGGUGUCAUACUCGUGGGUUAGAUUUGUGUUUGAUGGUGUAAGUCGAAUAACAAGGAAUCCAGGAAAAACUAUGGUGCUGUUUAAACUUCUAAUCCUCUACAGUGUGGAUGGACGAUGUGUUUUGCUUGCCAGAGAGAAAGGGAAAAAAGUGAGAUUUGUUCUGGAUCCAGUCCUAAAAUUCUGCAGGAAUCUUCUUUUUGAUUCAGUUGUUUCACAGAUCUCCUAUAAAAUAAACGAUGUGCAGAUGCAUCGAUUGCCAUCUGCUCUAAUCAGAGCUGCUGUCGGCCUGCUACUAAGUAUUGAUGUGGAUUUUAAAGUGAUAGUUUCCCCAAAAUUAAAAUUCUUCCAUCAUUUACUAACCCUUAACCCCUAAUGUCUUUCGAAACCUGAAAAUAAAUAAAAAUGAACAGAAUUUAAAUUUUUGGGGUUAACUAUUCCUUUAAGGAGAUUGUGUGUUUUCAGGUAUGCUUUGACCCUUCUCUCGGAGAAGAACAUUCAGGGUUUAGGCUGAUCUUUGAAGUAUUUUUAGUUAUUUUUGUUUUUAAAAUGUUCGAGAUGUAUUUGAGGUGUAUGAAAGCUUUAUUUAUGCAUGUUUUAUUGGCAUGGUAGAAACGUUUGUUGAUCCAUCGCGUACUUAAGCGAUGAUUUGUCUGUUUUUAUACCUUAUUACAAGUAUUACUCUUAUUAAUAUUAUAUUCACUACUUUUUCUUCAUUUUUACUGACUGCAUAUCUGCAUUUUGGGUGUUUUUAAUUUUUUUUUUUUUUUGGUUUGUUUUUUUGUUUAAAUAUAUGUAAAGUGUGAUCUUUUGUGCUGUUCUACUUACAAUAAAAGCAAAAUGUCUGAA